AGAAACACUGGUGUAAUAGGCGUGGAACAGUAGAGGAAUUAAACUCUAAGUUACAAAUGAAGCAAGAUGGGAUUUUCAGAAGGGAGAGGGCAAUGUCAUAUGCCAUUUCUCAAGUGCAACCAAGAACCAAAGUUUCCUCAUAUUCAAGAACAAACAAGAGGGUGACUCUAAAGAUGGAUGAUCAUAACAAGGGGCAGGACUCUAGCUGGUUAGUAAUUGAAGAUGGUGAAACUGCCGUUUCCAGACGUUCAGGACCAACAAGAUCAUUCUCCCAACCACUUGAUCACAACCAGUCAGUGAAGAUCAAGAGAAACCACAAAUCUUCUACACGGGUUUUGGGAAAAGAAUCAAGACGUGGGAAAGUCCUGGUGCACACAGUCUGAUCAGACUUCAAAAUAUCAUUUUGAUGAUGAUAGAGCAACAACCACCGAUUCAUCAUCCAUCUCAACCCCCAAGCUAUAUGAAUAUGACUGAGUCUGUCAAGGCAAAAAGUAAACAGAAAGCUUCAAAACAUAGCUCGCCAUUCCGUGGACCGACAACUCCGACAAAUGCUGAUAAUGCUAAUUUUUAUUUGUUUCAUACUUGCAAGGAUUUUUAUGUUCUAACAAAGAGUCUGCCCAUGAAGCUAGAAGCAUAGUUUCAAUUAGUCUAGUUCUUUUCCAUUCCAUGCCUUUUUGUCUAAACUACUCGGAGUGGUUCAACACCUAGUUGUCACAAAAGAGUGACUUAGGCCCUGUUUGUUUAAUAGCGGAUGAGCUCCAAUCCGCCGUUUUACACAAAUGAAAACGCUGCAUUUUGCAGCGGUUUGGUCCGAAUCCGCCAAGAAACAAACCGCGCCUUAGUUUUUAGGAUUUUGUUGCAUGUUGAGA